AUGAAGGCCAUCAAGGGCUCUCUCUUGACUUGUGACCCAGCUGUCAAGCAGCUUAUCCUUGCUAUCAACGAAAGGGUACGCUUUGUCAUACAGGACUUGGACGAGACGCAUCUGCUCAUAUCCACCGACAAAGUGGAGUGGAUGAGGAUAGAGCUGGAUAGCGAGCUGGAGAAGAACACGUGGUCGAUCGACGCAUAG